CCUGGCAACGGUGCGGUCACGUGCGCGGGGCUCGGCGGCUGCGCGCGCCAGAGCUGGAGCCAAGAUGGAGCUUUCGGCGGUGGGCGAGCGGGUGUUCGCGGCGGAGUCGAUCAUCAAGCGGCGGGUUCGCAAGGGCCGCAUCGAGUAUCUGGUGAAAUGGAAAGGAUGGGCUAUCAAGUACAGUACUUGGGAGCCAGAGGAGAAUAUUUUGGAUGCCCGUUUAAUCGCGGCGUUCGAGCAAAGAGAGAGGGAACGGGAGUUAUACGGACCGAAGAAACGAGGCCCCAAGCCCAAAACAUUCCUGUUGAAAGCCCGUGCCCAGGCUGAAGCCUUGAGGAUCGAAGACAUGCACUUCUCCAUGAAGCCGGGUCCCGGCAGCUCGGCCAAGCUGCCCGGCAGCCUGGCAGCCUACAAGCUAAAGAAGACCAUGCGCCGCUGCUACCGAACAUCGAAGCGGGCCCUGUCGCGGGUGGAGCCCCAGCCGGGCCUGAGCGGGCAGGCCCGGGGGCCGCUGCCGCUGCCCGAGAGCGUGCGCAUCAUCAACCGCAAGGCCGAGCCCCGGAAACGCCGGCGCAGCCGCAUCAUCCUCAACCUCAAGGUGAUCGACAAGGGGGCCAAGCCCCUGGGCAAGGCCAAGAUCCCAUCCCGCAACAGGGUGAUCGGCAAGAGCAAGAAGUUUAGUGAGAGCAUCCUGCGCACCCAGAUCCGUCACCUCAAGUUCAACGACUUCUCCGUCUACGACAAGUCCUUCCGCCCGCUGCCCGGGGGCGAGGGCCGGAGGUCGGAGGGUGACCCCGGCACCUCGCGCUCCCAGCCCGCCCCCUCCGCCCUGCGUUAUCCCGGCGACCCGGCCCCCCAGCCCGCCAGCGAGUGGCCGGGGCCCGGCGGGGGGAGGGGGGGCGGAGGGGGGGCCAAGGUUCCCGGGGAGUCCCCCAGCCCGGCCACUCCCGACUGGAGGGAGGCCGAGGUCCUUGAUCUCUCGCUGCCCCCCGAGUCUGCCGCCGCAGCCCGCCGGCCCCUCCCCGCGGCCCCCACCUCCUCCUCGUCCUCCUCCUCCUCCUCCUCCUCCUCCACCUCCUCCUCCGCAGCGGCCCCCGCUCCAACACGGGGGCAGGGAGGGGGCCCAGACGACCAGGCAGAGGCUGAGGCCGAGGUGCCGGGCUGGAGGCCCGAGAUGUCUCCCUGCUCUAACGUGGUGGUGACCGAUGUCACCACCAACCUCCUCACUGUCACCAUCAAAGAGUUCUGCAACGCAGACAACUUCGUCAAGGUCCCCGCUCUCAAUCCCUGAACCCCCCCCUCGUCUCCCCAAACCCCCCCCCCCCCCAUCCCCAGCAACUCUCCACUGCCCCCACCAGGCCAGCUUUCACCCUACACCCAGUGUGUGUUCACCUGGGUGGUAAUUCUCUGCCCCGGAAAACAUCAUUCACCAAAUUUCAUUCCUUCUUUCCGAUUAUUUCAUUCUCUCUCUCGCUCUGUCAUUUUGCCUCGCUGUAUGUCCAUCCUCUCUCUCACCUCUCUCCUACUCGCUUUUUUUUUUGCAUGUCUCUCUGUCCCUCUCUGUAUAGGCAUCGUCUAUCUGUCCCCUCUCUGCCUGCCCCCUCUCUCUAUCCCCUUCUCUCUCUAUCCCCCUCUUUCUCUCUCUAUAUCCCCCUCCUUCUCUCCCCCUCAUUCUCUGUCUGUGCCCCCUCUGUCUCCCUUCUCUGCCCGCUCUCUCCGCCUUUUUGUCCCAUUCUAUCCCACAUUCUUCUUCCUUUCUCUCCCAACUCCACCUUUCGACCCAUUUUCUCUCCCUCUCUAUUUUCCUCUCUCCCUCUUUCCCCAUCCU